UUUCAAUUGUCGCCGUCAUACAACAGCGCCAAUUGACAAAACACUCGAUCCAUCUGGUUCUAUUUAGCAAAACACGGAAUAUUACGUAAAAAUUUCAGUGGAUUUUAGUUCUUCUUCAGCAUGGUAAAGUCAUUAAUCGACUAUGGAACGCCUGAAGAAGAGGCAUGGCGUUGGAAAUUCAUCCCUGCAUACAUCAAAAUACAAAGAAAAUAUGAUCAUUAUUUGUAUAGCGUGAAAUAUUAUGAUAAACCCGAGGGUGAAGAUUUGCUUGGUAAAUUGAUUGCAAUAAAUCGUACGUGCAUUCCUUGGGGCUUUACAGUUGGUGUUACUGAUGCGUUGAUGCACGGUGGACGUUUUCUACCCACUUACCAACAACAAUUUGGUAGAUUCGUUCAUUUUAUGUGGCCAACCAUUGCAGUUCCGACCGCUUUCGCAACAACCACUUACUUCUGUGCUAAAAUUCGCCAAAAGGACGAUUUAUGGAACUAUAGUGCGGGUGCAAUUGCUGCAGGUAGCGUAGUUGGUGGAUGGCAAAGAUGUCACAUAACUGGCUGGACUGCUUCACUUUUCUUCUUAAUUUGCGCAUGUGCUCAGAGAGUACGAAUAGAGGAAGGUUGGAAAUGGUGGAAUCUUAAAGAACAACAGUUAAAUGGGGAUCAUCGCUGGCAUAAAUUCGGCUGGAAUUUAUAUACGGAUCCACUACCUAAAAACUACACAACUAGCGAAAACUAAUCAAAUUAUCUAGCAUCUUCAAAUUUAUUAUUACCAAAUGAGCUGGAUUUUGCUUAGUCCGUGUAAUUUUCUUGUAGCCGAAUCCGAGUUACUGAAUAAACUUGUACUGUUAUGAAAAAGAAAAUCGAAGAUAAAAUCUAAUAAAAAAUUGAACACCAUUCA